AUUGUUCAACAGGCUGGCCUAACUAUGGAGUGCAAGACACCCACCAGAAAGCGACGUUCGCGGGUCGCGAUCUCCAACGAGUUCUCGACGAAGAAACAACGCCUAUCGACUAUAGGUACUAUAGAUAUCACUCCCGAUCACGCUCAUAGGGGAGAGUAUGUCAAUCACAACACAGAACCGAGGGCUGACCGCUUUAUCACUGUUCGUCCCGACAUUCUAUUCCCUAUAGACACUACUCCUCGCACACAGCGAAUUGCGAAUGUCCUUGGCCUGGCGAAUGACCGCUUUCUCAAAUUUACGGAUACAACGAACACAUAUGAUGGACGGAUGAUGAAUGCUCUGCGGCGCAGUGCCUCUCAGCUCUUCCAUACCCCGAAAACAGUCCAUGUCACUUCCGCACUUGCUCAUCUAGGCAAACGGAGACAGUUCAUUCUCGCGCUUGAUGGUCCUGGCAUUCCGCAGGACCCAUGGGCAUACCCUCUUGCGUGGUCCAGCAACAACGUGAUCGCUGUCGCGUGCGGGCCAGAUGUAUACUAUCAGAAUCUUGACACACGACAGAUUGCCCAUCUUUGUAGCCUUCAACGACCAACUAUGGGUCGGAUUCGUGCCCUCGAAUUUGCGAGAGGGGACAGAUCGAAUUUGCUGUGCAUGGGAACGACUACGGGUUCCGUCCAAAUUUGGGAUGCAGAAACACGGCAACGCGUGCGGCAGUGGCCCAAUACUGACUGGAUGGGCUUGACAGCUAUCAGCUGGAAGGGACACGAAUUUAUGGCUGGUAGAAACGAUGGAAAACUCCUGCUCUAUGACAGUCGAACAGAAGACGCAGUGCAUAAGCUUUCGGGGCAUAAGGGUGAUGUGUAUGGAUUGCAAUGGAGUACUGACGAACGAUUCCUGGCGAGCUCAGACAGGAAGGGCAUCGUGCACGUCUGGGAUGCACGUAACAUGCGGAGUGAAAACACAAAAUGGUUCGCAAAAAUGAAACAUCGUAGUCCUGUCAAAGCCUUGUCCUGGUGCCCUUGGAAACCUGAUCUUCUUGCCACAGCCGGAACCUAUCCGGACGGAGAGAUUAAAAUAUGGAGAGUGUCAUCCCCAUCUUCCGCACCAUCGCCAACACCUCUCCAUACUAUAGCUCUGGACAGCUGUAUCUUCUCCUUACAUUGGUCACCCCAUUCUAAGGAGCUUUUAAGCACACACGGUCUAUCAUGGGAGUCCUCCAAGGCAAUGUUGCCAUCUAUCAUCAAACCAAUCCCGUCUCCGCUCACGAAUUCUGUCACGGUUCAUUCGUAUCCCGCGUGCAAGAGACUUGUCAGUGUCCCCGCACACACCGGGACCGUAGGACAAAGUUGUUUGAGCCCAGAUGGGACGAUGGUGUUUACUAUCUGUUACCGCGAGGAGGCCAUGAAAAUGUGGAAAGUUUGGGGGCGUCCGGAAGUAAAGGAGCAGGGGCAAAGUGUCACUCAGCGCUUUAGUCUUAGAUAGAUGUUGGUUCUGAGGAUACGUAAUUUACGUCUGUACUGUAGGGUUUCUUGUAGUAUCUGUACACUGCACGUAGAUAAGCUAGCUUGAUCUUUCCUGCAGUC